AUGCCUCGGCACAAGAAGUCGAAAAAUGCAUUCAGUGGGCAUCACCUCCAACAGGAUGGUGCGGCCACGGCGCCAGCUGAACCUGUCCCGACGAGCCAUGAGAUCCAGGCAUCUCUGACCGUCCCGGAAACGAAGAUGUCGGCAGAAGUUACGACGCAAAGCUUUAAUCUCUCCCAGAAUCUUUGGAAUCAGGCUUUCGACCAACUGGCGAAAGACGAAGAAUCUCUCGUUGAGGCCUAUUUGAAGAUCUUGGCCAAGUUACUCUUGGACAAUACGCUUGAAGAUGCCACUGCCAAGGAAAGCAAAGAGUAUUUGACCCAGCUUUUAGGCAGACAUGAGGUUUCCAAAAGAGGAGACAGCUCAGUUCCUAGACUCUCUCAAGCAGCAGUCAAAAAUCUCAAAGCCGAACUUGGAGACCACACUCAACGACAAAAGUUCAUGUCAAUGCUAGUAGAAGAUGGCAAAGCAAAAGCCCUCAAAUCGCAGAAGAUUGCGGAAACACUUGGGAAUGUUGCGGGAACUCUUCUUUCGGUUAAACCAAUCGUCGACGCUGUGCUUCAAAUCCCUCAGACUGCACCUGCUGCGCUGCCUUGGGCUGGAAUUUGUGUUGGACUAAACUGGGAGGCAAAAGCUCUCUUGACUCGGUUCCGCGCCAGACACUCGCACCCUGGGCAGCCAGCAGCCAAAGUCCAGGCUUACCGCGAUGGACUCGCAUAUAUAACGUCCAGAAUGAACUGGUACGGCGCCAUCAGUCAUUAUCUCCUGAGUCAAGAAGAUAAAGAGAACGAGUCUCCCGCAUUGGUGUCGCGAAUACUGGAAGAAAGAGUCCGCACUAUUUACCAGGCUGUUAUUGUAUUCCAGAUGAAGGCCGUCCGAUACUACCACGACAAUGUUCUUGGCCAGAUAUUCACAGCUCAGGAAUGGGACAAGCUUCGGCAGUCCGUCAUAGACGCCGAAAAUGCGUUUUCAAAAGAUUGGGAUACGUACAAGAAGGUGCAGGCAGAGCAGCUCUGGGGCAAACUCAUGCAGAGCGCCAAAAACAGUGAGACACAGCUCCGAAUGAUGGGUGAGACUCUUGAGCAAUUCCUGUCCCGACAGAAGAAUAUGGACGACGAGAGCAGGGACAGAGAAUGUCUCCGAGCUCUAUUCGUUUUGAACCCACAAGAUCACAUGCAGAACAUCGAAAACAAUAAAGAGAAACUAUGCAGCGAUGUAUGCCAGUGGAUAUUCAAACACGACAAGUACGUUGCAUUCACGGAUUGGAACGAAGGCAACAUGCCAACAUGCCGUUUAUUGCAAAUAAAAGCUCCAGCAGGGAUGGGGAAGACGAUGCUGUUGAUUAACAUCAUUCGCCAACACCUUCACCAGCCAGCCGCACUUACAUCAAGCCUGGCGUACUUUUUCUGCCAAAGCGGAAAGUCAAAUGCGAGAAGCGCGGCAGCAGUUCCACAUCUCGUCAAUGAUUUGCGACGCGAGUUUGAAAUCUGUGGUGAAGCGCUUUUGACAGACGGGCUUGGAUGGGAACCUAUAUCUCGAUUCUUCAAAACAACAAUAAGCCGUGAAGAUGUUAGACCGGUGCUGCAUAUUUCAUGCCAGGCGGAUCUGGCUGAGCGAUACAUCGAGCACAGGCUAUCGAAGCUGUGUCAGUCUAAGCUUGGAUGUGAGACCUUUUCAGGGAACAUCCCACAGCUAGUGCGCCAGGAAAUAAAAAUGAGAAAGGAGACCAACCUACUAUGGCUCUCAUUUCUAUUCCGAACCCUCGAUCAAACUCCUGGUAAACAAGCUAUCAACGAGAUAAGACGGUUUCCACACAAUCUGCGAUCGUUUCUCCCGAUUCACUUGGACACGCUUGCCAUAGUUCUCGGCUACGAUGAGAACCACAACUUAUAUAAAUAUGUCGAAGAAUGCAAUUCUUUCUUGGUACGAACUUACAGCCAUGAACAAGGCGAACAUGAAAUCAACAUCAUCCACAACACCGCUAGAGAAUGGCUAGAAGGGAACAGGGGGGAACUUCUCAGCGAGAAAAUGCAAGGGCACGCAGAUAUUGCCAAAAACUCAGUCAAGGCCAUGUCUCGGUUGAAAGCUAUCGAUAUUGAGCGCUGGAACACUUUCGAUAUUGUGCGUUGGACGUCGGAAAGCCUGUUCUGGCUCUACCACCUACGGGAUGCAAUGAAAACGAACCCCGAAAACGUCAAGGAGCUUUGUGAUAUUGGACUAGGCUUCUUGAGGGAGUACUCAUCUCAGUGGCUGUUCUGGCUUCAACUUCUUUCCCGGACUCUCUGGGUUACGGGCUUUCGGAAUGUAACGCAGUUUCCGCUUGGAAAAGCACUUGAUUCAAUGGAUAAGUUCCUAAAGGUUUUACAAGCCUCUGAGCCGCACCUUGAGCUGAAUUUCAAGCUGAACUAA